GACGUUAAACAUACAAUUAAUACAAGUGAUAAACUGCGAUGAAUGAAAGCUCUAGACAUAUUUCAAUUUAAUUUAUCUUCCUGGUUGCAACUCGCGCUGCUACUAUUUUUAAUUUCAUCCGGGACCUCCAAUAUAAAAGUGCAUCGGUCGACGCCUGAUCAUCAGAGCAGGAACGAGCGCAAAAGUAAAAGGUCUUCAAAUAUUAUAUUUGGUGAAAAUAUCUAUAAAAAGUUUCGAAACGUUUUGAAAACGUAAAGAUAAUGGGAACUCUAUGUCUCAUUUGCGUCGUACUUGUUACGUUUUCGUCUUCGGUGAUGGAGACAAAUGGCCAAACCUACGACGGCGAUUGUCAGUACAGGAGAAGAGAUUGCAGCGAUUCUUAUUACACUAUCCGGAACAGUAAAGAUGGCUAUUACCGUGGAAUGCCCAUACAGCAGUAUACAUGGCAGUGCGACCACUCUUACAACUGGGGUUACAGUGCUAGUGAAGGAGCGGCCCAAGGUUCAUCCCCAGUCCUUUCCGAAGAGCAGCUGGAAUGGUUGAGGACACUUGGGGAGCAGUUCAAUGCUGAUUUUCAGCCCGAUCCCCCAAGUAAACGCCAGGUGGAGCCACAUGUACUUGAGAAAAAACGUCUUAGGGGGGCUAAAAUCCCACUUCGGCAGCGGCGACAGAGUCUGCCUCUGGCCAACCGGAAAGAGUAUCGCACUGUGUCCGCACUUGAACGCAGUCGAUUCCACGACGCUAUACAAACUCUGAAAACAUCUCCAUUGGGUUCAUCAAACAAAUAUGACACCCUUGCAGAUUUUCAUUUGAGUACUUUUGCUGUUGGUGCACACGAUGGAGCUGCCUUCUUAACAUGGCAUAGAGUAUAUCUUGUUCUGUAUGAGUACGCUUUAAGGCAGGUUGACAGUUCGGUGUCGUUGCUUUAUUGGGACUCGACGCUUGAACAGAGUCUAGAUGACCCCAGUACCUCAAAUAUGUGGCAUAGCAGCUUCAUGGGCAACGCUAACGGUGACGUGACCUCAGGACCAGCGGCAAACUGGUUGGCUACUGACGGUAAUAAGUUAUGGCGAGCGGCUAACAAUUGUCCAGAUGUCCUCACAACUCCCGGAGAUAUUGCGAAUAUAUUCAGCAAAACUACUUAUGGUCAGAUUGCGUGUGGAACACCCGGUUGUCAACUCAUGGAGCAGAUUCACGGUAAAGCUCACAGCUAUGUCGGUGGACAAAUGGGAAACGUUGAUUAUUCACCUAACGAUCCCAUCUUCUGGAUGCAUCACGCCUUCAUCGAUUGUGUUUGGGAAGAAUUCCGGAAUGACCAUCAAAUUCCAGAUCCACAGACCGAUUAUCCUGCUAGCUAUGGCUCACCCGCCCACGCCCCAUCUGCCCUUAUGCAACCAUUUACAUUACUUGGAAUCAACGUCCAAAACAAGCAAGGCUUGCUCAACAUCUUUACAAAUAAGAUUUACAAAUGUGCAGCUCGGCCAAAAUGCCCGGACUGUGGCAGUUCGCCGUAUUUGUAUUGUGAUACCGUUGAGAACAGAUGUAAACCAUUCACUGUCGAUCGCAAGAACUGCACCAACUGCGCAUAUGUUAACAUAGACGUCUACUGUUCGAAUGGUGCGCCUUACAGCAAUGUCCCGUAUGGACUUAGUGGUGUUUACUUUGAAACCAAUGGUAGAAACUACAACGGCAGACGUCAAGAGUAUUACUAUGGCGACUACGAUUCUUACUAUACGGGCAGACCAAACGAGAACUAUGGACGACCCGACUAUUCCCCCCACUAUGUUGGUUAUGCACCCGUGGACAGACCUUCUGAGAACGCCGAUGGUUAUUCAACUUAUACUAUGAAUGCGUACACCGCACAAGGAUCCCCGUGCCAAGUGGAAUGCGUGAGUGGUUAUCGAAAUGGUCAAGCGAACUAUCAGCCCUGUAAUGGUAACACAUACAGACUUGAUGACAGAGAAAGGUACCCAGGCUAUGCGAUACCAUACGAGAGAGAGGCUGCCAAUUUGUAUUAUCGGCCCUCGUAUGACGAAUACGUGUUGCCUACACCAAGCCCAUCCCCUUACUUCAGAGUUAGGUGCCCGUGUAGGCGUCUCUGUUACGAUUACCCCGCUCGUUACUAGAUAUGGACCAGAGAAAGGUCAUUUGUUCUGACCAAUAUGGACUUAAAAUGACACUCCACAAUGUCAGCUGCACAAUUUAGUUCAUGUAAUUUUUCUGAUUUGGCUUGUUAUAGAAUAAAAUUAUUCAAAAUUGUCUUGGACUAAACUGUACAAAAUCUUGAUAUGGUUUCAUACAGGGUCACGGUCUAUAUUUUGAGGGGGUGGCUAGAAUUCAAUGAUUAUGAACCUGGUA